CAUUUGUUAAUAACAAGUAAUAUAUGAGAAGAGUAUCAGCGAUGGUACUCAAGAUGAUUGAUAUCGGCGUUAACCUCACCGAUCCAAUGUUUAGAGGAAUAUAUAAUGGUUCGCACAAACAUAGCCCAGACUUGUCGGAUGUGAUAAAAAGGUCGAUCACUCAUAACAUCGAUAAAAUGAUAAUAACGGGUGGAAAUCUUGAGGAUAGUAAAGCCGCUCUAGAGUUGGCCAAAACAAAUGAUAUGCUCUAUAGUACUGUCGGUUGUCAUCCAACUCGUUGUCUUGAGUUUGACGCCUAUGAAGACUCAGACAAAUAUAUGAAUGAAUUAAUAGAAUUGAUUGACAAUAAUAAAGACAAAGUAGUGGCCGUCGGAGAGUGUGGUCUCGACUACGAUAGGCUUCAGUUUUGUCCAAAACAACAGCAAUUAAAGUAUUUUGAGAAACAAUUAACAAUAUCGGAAACAACAGGUUUACCACUGUUUCUUCACUGCAGAAACGCCGCAACGGAUUUAUUGUCUAUACUAACCAACAAUAGACACAAAUUUAUUGGUGGAGUCGUCCACUCAUUUGAUGGUACAUUAGAUGAGGCCAAAGAGUUUAUGAAAUUAGGUCUAUAUAUCGGUAUUAACGGGUGUUCACUAAAAACUGAAGCUAAUCUAGAAGUGGCGGCAAAGAUACCAAAUGAUCGACUUAUGAUUGAAACAGAUAGCCCGUGGUGUGAGGUUAAGCCCAGUCACUCCAGUGCUAAGUAUGUGAAGACUGUGUUCCAGAGCCGUAAAAAAGAGAAAUUUGAAUCUGGAUUUCAUAUAAAGGGUAGAAAUGAACCCUCAAAUUGUGUACAAAUAUUAGAGAUAUUGUCUCAGAUUAAGAAUCACUCUAUCGAUGAUUUGGCGGAUAUAUUGUAUGAAAACACUGUUAAGUUAUUCUUCAAUCGUCAMAAUAACUGAUCAUCUAUUGACCACUUUCUUCAUAUUUGUCAUAUUAUAU